AUGGUACUUCUCGCCGGCCACAUGACACGGCUGGUUACCCAAGGCCAACCAGUGAUCCCUGACACACUUGGGAAUUAUUCAACCUGGUAUGUCCAGUACGUAAAUUUCCUCCUUAGAUUCCUGGUCAAAGUAGGAUUCCAAAAGAAAGAAAAGUGGACUUCAAGGAAUCUUUCUGCUGUACUGGAUGCUUUCUAUAUUUACACAGAUGUGGAAGAUAUGAAAGAACAAGAAGCAGCUAGCAAUAUAAUGUCUGAACUACUGGAAAAUUACAGUGAUUUCUUUGGUACUGAAGAGUUUCUCCCUACAGAUAUCUCAAAUUCAUUUUGUGUUGAGGUUACUGAAUCAUGUGAAGAAAGCAAUAAAGCUGGGCAAACUGAUGAACUUCCUAAAGAGAGGAUGUUGUUGAUGGUGAACACUGAGCAUUUGCUGGUGACCAAGAAUAUAAUUGAAUCUGACAAUAUUGUUUUGUCAACAAGUGCUCAUGGUUCCUCUGUCAACCAAGUGACUGUACCUGCAGAGGAAGAUUUCACUGAAGAGAAUAAUAGCUGCAAUGCCAGUGUUAGCAAAAUAGCCCUUUCAGAUACUUUGCAGCGUACUGAUAGUUUGGGUGAUGAUGAUCAGGAGAAUUCACUACAUAAUUGUACAUUGGAAGUACUUGGGACUCAUUUGCACCAAAGUGUUGAAAAUGUUGCGGAAAGCUAUUCUCUUCCCAAAGUUCCACUCGUGAAUGUGCCUGAAGAAAGCCUGGACAAUGAGCCAAUUGCACAUGAAGAAAACAAUAAUAAAGAAGAAAGGGAACAAUGUACUUCGCUUUCUGAAAUUAGAGUGGAUAAUUCUUCAAAAUUAACUUUGAAACUGCUUUCUGGGAUCUAUGAUUUCAAUGCUAAUAGAGAGUCUAAUAUGCCAAAAAAUCUAGAAGUUUCUACUCGGGAUAACAGAAUGCGCCCAGAAAUUGCUCGGCUUGAUCUGAAGAGUGUGACUGAGACAAGUAACUGGGAAGCUCAUCGUUAUCUGAAAUACAGACUACUACAGUGGUAUCAUCUGCAAACUUUUAGACGGCUAAGGAGCAGAAUCUGGUUAUGCAAUUCGCCAUGUACAAUCACUUUUCCCUUCAUUGAUUUCAAAACAAUGCAUCUUCAAAGAGAUGGGGAUGAUCCUGUUCCAGCAUUUAAAUCAUGGCAGGAUGAAUAUGAGCAUGAAAUGGGAGAGGCACAGCUUUCACCACAGGCAGGAAGACUGACUAACCAUCCACUUGAAGAAGACCCACAACCUAUGUUAUGCCGUCGUUACCUUAAUUUUGGUCAUAGGCAGCGCUUUCUAGAUGAAUCUGAUUCAAUAACUGCCUCACUGAAAGGACUUUCCACCUUCAGGCCUCGAAGAUCAUCAUUUGAUUCCAGAGAUGAUGAAAAGGAAGACCCAGCUCAACUACAGCUGACUAAAAAAAUUCAGAAUAUCAAAAAGAAAAUGAAGUUAUUUGAAGAACAAUUUGAAAAGGAACGAAAAUACAAGCCAUCCCACAGUGACAAAGUAGCAAAUCCAAAGGUUUUGAAAUGGAUGAAUGAAUUAGUCAAAUUACGUAAGCAAUUUAAAGAAAUGAAAUAUAAAUCUUCAGAAAAUGAUUUAGAAGCUUUACCCGUAUUACGCCCAAGAAGCAAUACUCUUCCAAAGAGCUUUGGUUCUUGUCUGGAACAUGAGCAAAGAGAUGUUUAUAAAGAAACAUCUGAGAAGGAGAAAAAGCCAAAUAUGGAAGCAACAGUAGAAUCGAUCUUAAAAAGACUUAAAGAGAAACGAGCUGAGGAAGACUGGCCAGAGGAUAUUAAGGAAAUGAGACAGAAUCAUUUAACAGCAGAGAAAAUAGCUCUUCAGAAAAGUUUGUUGCAUUUUGAGAGCAUUCAUGGUCGUCCAGUCACUAGGGAAGAAAGACAGCUGGUGAAGCCUUUAUAUGAUAGAUACCGACUUGUGAAGCAGAUGCUAGCCAAAGCUACGCCAGUUAUUGGCUCUCCAUCAGCCAAACGUCGUGGCCAGACAUUACAGCCAAUCAUAGAAGGUGAAACUACUCAGUUCUUUGAGGAUAUAAAGGAAGAGGAGCAAGAAGAGGAUUGUAAUAUAGCAACAGAUUUUACAGUUACCCUAAGGCCAGGCUUGCAUGCAAGGAGUUUUUUGGAUCAGUUGGAUAAUGACCAUAACACAAUUUCAACCACUGUAGAAGAAACUUCAGUAAGAUUGAGCCUUGAUUUAGGAGUUUCAAGCAUACAUGCUGCGUCAAUGCCUGAACUACUUGAACAACUCUGGAAAGCAAGAGAUGAAAGGAAGAAUUUGCGCAAGACACUGCGUGAGUUUGAAGAGGAGUUCUAUCAAAAAAAUGGAAGAAGUGUACAGAAGGAAGAUCGUGCUCCAAUGAUUGAAGAAUACAGAGAAUAUAAGCAAAUAAAAGCCAGAGUCAGGCUUUUGGAAGUUCUUAUUAGCAAGCAAGAUUCUGCAAAAUUUAAGUUGGUUUGAUGUUAACCGGUUCUAUUUUCAUCAUGACUAAUGUGUUCAUUAUUUUAUUUUUGGACCUGGUGCUUACCUCUUAUUGUAACAUUGCCUUGCCUAAUGCCAAUUUGUGCACUUUACUCUGGUGCUUCUUACAAGGUAAUGAACCAAGGGUAAAUUUAUAACCCGAAGGUUCUGAAUGGUAGAUGGCUCUGGAAUAACAAGAAUAUCUGACUAAAUUAGUACUGAUAUUUUAUUAGGAUCAUACAUUUUGUUCUGAAAUGGGUCAUUAUAAUCCAUAGAGGAGGGGAGCGGCAAUGAUCUUUGAGGUAUAUAUACUGAUGAAAACAGGCAUGGAUUGCAAAGAACCAUAUUCUCCAGUUUUGAAGGCUGAUAACAAAAUACUGUCUUCAACUGUGCUUGCUACAUUAGCUAUACAUAAUGAUUUCUGUUUCCUCGUAAGUAUCAACACUUUAUAUUUUAAGUUAAGAUUUCAGAAUAGAAAGAUAGGGUGGUGGUUUUCAGUAAAACUCUUCCUGAAUCAUUGAUCACCCAUUCUGUGAAGUGGACAGAUGCUGAGCCAGAAAGUGGAGAUUUACACUUGCUGUAUAUAUUUGGAGUUGUUUGUUAACUGUAGUUGUUUCUAGUGGUACAGAAAGCACUAAUAAACAGUAAAUUGCUGUUACUUUUACUAAAUGUAUUAACAUUUCAAAAUAUUUUCUGCAGAAUAAAAUAUUUGGCAGAGUUCAAUUUAUGAAUGUUUUAAUGCAAAAUACCUGCUUUCAGUAUAAUUUGUUACCUUGUGCCACUUUUUACUGCUGAAGACCAAUUAAUUGCAGAAUAAGGUGUUUUUUUUAAAGAAACACAUUUUUGGAAAUAUAAAAAUGUUUUUGAGUAUCCUUGUCAUUUGAAGAAUAAGAUGGAUGUUGCUUUAUAAUACUAUUUGUAAGUGAGUGAUUAUUGCAUGCACCUACUGUAUAUGUGUCAUUUAAGCAGCUACCAUUUAUUUUUUUGCAUGAUUUCAAUUAGUACUGCAAAACAUCUGAAUGUAAACAUCAGUUUCCCCUUGAAAAUACAUUUGUUAAGAAUGAAUAAUGAUGCAUCUUAAAUGCAUUGAUAAACAGUGUACAUUUUUGUACAUGAUUGAGUUUGCUUUUGUGUAACAAAACCAUGCAGUAAAAUUUUCGGGCACUGUAUAUGUUGACACUUCAUUGUUUAAAAAUGACAAUAUUACUGCAUUACUAUAUGAAGAAUUUAAUAAAUGCAUGGUAUCAGCACUUUGAGGUCUUUUUUGUGUGUGCAUAUGUCAUUGUAAGGUGGUGCAUUUUGAAAUAAUGUAUCAUUUUCACUCCUUUUUAUAAAAAGCUAUAUCUGUA